AGAAUGGCGAAGAAACGGAGAGUUCCAGAGGUUCUGUGGAGACUCUUCCGUAAAAAAGCUCGAACUCUUGCCCAAACAAUCAUCUCUCUGGUCUCGCAGUCACGCGGUGAAGCAAAAAAUGAGUUUUUUCUCAUCAAACCAGGCGAUCCUUCCGAUUACCGCAAGCUCCUCCAUCAAUGCUUCGUUGUUGUCAACGAAAAAGCGCCGCCUCUCUCCGGUUUCUCUCCGGUCACGCACUGGUCCCAACACGAGAUUGUUGAAAGGAUUAUGGAGAUGAGUGAGAUAAUGGAAUCGUCUAAUGUUAUAUACGGUGGUUUUGACAAGUAUAAUUGUUCGAGCCCCAUUUUAGAGCUUCUAAGUGGUCCAUCAUGGUCGCUUCUUUUAGAAAGGGUUGGGGAAAAUGUCAUGUGUUAUCUCCUACAGCAUACAUCAAUAUUUUUGCCCCUUCCUCCUAAGAAACACCAUCAAGUAACAGGUCCUUCUAUCACUAACCAUGAAUUUUUCAAGGGUAAAGCAGAUUCUCAAGGGUACCAAAAGAAGAGGAAAAGAGUUGAUAUUGCUAGUUCAGUGUCAAAGACACAGCAAGAAAGUUCUUCUGUUGGGUGCCGAAUUUCCAUUGGCUGUGUUGGUUGUAAAGACAAAAGUUAUGUAAGGCAAUUCAGGAGCCAUCCUGGGUACAAUAAUGGUCAGAUGACUUUUCUUGGAGUAGGUACUGCAACAAGUGAUGCUGUUGCUGCUAAAAAUGACGGAAAUGCAUAUCCAGAACCUCAAACAAGCUGCGAUCAGGUUACUGCUAAACCUAGAAAGCGUUCAAGACCUUUUAGCUGGCAGCGCCGCAGGAAUCGUAGGCAUAUAAAUCUACAAGAAUUUAGUGAUAAGAUACCUUGCACUAUUCGUUGUAAUGAUAUAGAUAGCUCAUGUGGGAAGCAUCAAUAUGACAACAGCAGGAUGCAAGAAACAUGCUCUUGGUGUUUGAUGUUGCAAGCUCCCCAGUUAGUCACUGAUAGGGAUCUUAUUAAUAGGCGUUACAUGUUCUACAGUUUGGAAUGCUCUUCAACUGUUCUCCCUCGCUGGCAUAUAUUGAAUUCUUUAAAGCCCAAUUUUCCUGAUUCAAAGUUGCUUAUCACGAAAAUAUUUUUCUUAUCUGAUGUAAACAAGAGUCCUCAGUCCAUGGCAUGCUCCCACAGCACUGAGUUUUGUCUCAUGGGAUCUGCAUGCCUGUAUCACAAACUUGUUAGGUUGCUUAAGAUACUCAUACGCAGAUUUCAAAGUUGCCAGCAUUUGAGGUUGUUGGAUAAGCAUUGCGUUCCAUUAUCGGAUCAAAAGGUUAUGGGAAAUUCAAGCUCAUUGUUUGAGGGGAAUGAGUUGGGUAAAAAAGCACGUGGGAAAUCUAAUGGUUCCUGUAGCAAAGAUUGCAAGAAAAGUCUGGAAGCCAGUGAUUCUCAUUUUGAGGCAAUCAAGCCUUAUUGCUUGAAAAGUCAGGUUGAAUCAUUUAUAUGGGCUGUUUGUAGGAGUAUAAUUCCUGCGGAUUUGUUAGGAACUCCUUAUAACUGGAGAGUACUAAGGAGAAAUAUUUCCAAGUUUAUCCAGCUGAGAAGAUUUGAGAAAUUCUCUAUUAAACAAUGUAUGCAUAAAUUGAAAAUUUCAAAGUUCCCAUUCUUAUCAGAUAAACACUCUUCAUGCUACUUGAAAACUCAGGUGCCAAAGGAUAGCAUGGAGCAGAAUGUCAAAAUGUAUGAAGAAUUCAAUAAACUGAAUAACCCCAUGGUCAAAAUGAAACAUAAACUCUUAGUGAACUGGAUUUUUUGGUUCUUUUCAAAUCUAGUGGUGCCAUUAGUGCAAGCCAACUUCUAUGUCACUGAAAGUGAGCAUGGUAAACAAGAUAUAUAUUAUUAUCGGAAGUCAGUUUGGGAAAAUUUGAUGAACAAAGCUAUCACUCGCUUGAAAGAUAAGAGCUAUUGUCAGUUAGAUGAUGCAGCUGUUAGAAGUGUUAUAAGCCAUAGAUCAUUUGGUUUCUCAAAGCUCAGACUUCUUCCAAAAGAAAAUGGAGUAAGGAUGCUGGCAAAUCUUAAAGCACCAUCAAGGCUAGCAAAAAAGGAAUUCAAAGAUACUUGCACUCGAAUGCCGAAGGAUGCUCAAAUGCGUCGUAAAAGAGUGAAAUGUGACCACUAUAAACCUGUCAAUGGUGUUCUUCGAGAUAUACAUGCUGUUCUAAAAGGUUUAGUGUUGAAAGAACCGGACAAAUUAGGAUCAUCAGUGUUUGAUUACAAUGAUGUUUACAGAAAGUUAUGCCCGUUUCUAAUUGGUCUGAGGAAUGGAUCAACAACCAUUCCAGGCAUUUUUGUUGUGGUUUCUGAUGUAUCAAAAGCAUUUGAUUCUAUUGAUCAAGAUAAGCUUCUUAGUGUAAUGAAUGAUGUCAUACUGGAGGAUAAAUAUCUUCUUGAACAUCGCUAUCAAGUUGUCUCUACAAAGAAAUCGAUGUGGAUACAUGAUAAUCCUCCUGUAUUGAUCGAUCAUAAUGUCAGCACUUGUACAAGAUUCACGUCUUCUCUCACAUUUCCUUCAUUGCAUAGAAUUCUUGUUAAUCAGGGCUGGAAGCGAUAUGUGAGGAAAGAAGAACUCUUAUUUAAUCUAAAUGAGCAUGUUAAGCGCAAUGUGCUGCAGCUAGAUAAAAAGUUUUACCUUCAAGGCAUAGGUAUACCUCAAGGAAGUGUUAUAUCUUCUUUGCUUUGCUCAUUAUACUAUGGAGAUUUGGAAAGGAAUGUGAUCUAUCCAUUUAUCCAGAAAACUCAAGAAUCUGUUUUUCAAGUUGUGUCUGGAAGUCAUCAUUUUGGAGAGAGUAGUCGGGGUGAUACAAUUAUCUCAUCACCGGGGUAUAUCAUUGAUCUAGAAAAUCCUUUGGGAGGAUAUCCAUCAAUUCUCCUUCGAUUUAUUGACGAUUUAAUUUUCAUAUCAACCUCGAAGAAGCAGGCAACUAAUUUCUUCUACAGAUUGCGGAAUGGAUUUCCGAGUUACAACUGCUACAUGAAUGAGGAAAAGUUCUGUGUAAAUUUUGAUAUUGGACAUAAAUCAGGGCUAUUGUCUAAUAGAGUUUAUGUAGGUGAGGAUGGUAUUUCAUUUCUUCGAUGGAGUGGUUUGCUCAUCAACUGUAGCACUGCAGAGGUUCAGGGAGACUAUACAAGGUAUUGGAAUAACCAUUUGAGCUCCACGCUUACUGUCUGCUGGCAAGGCAAACCAGGUCAUCAUUUAAAGUCAAGGUUACGUGCCUUCAUGAGACCAAAAUGCCAUCCUAUAUUCUUUGAUUCAAAUAUAAACUCAGCUGCUGUUGUCAGAUUAAAUAUCUACCAAGCUUUCCUAUUGUGUGCUAUGAAAUUUCAUUGUUAUGUAUCCAACUUAUCGUACAUUUGCAAACUACACGCAAGCUUCUAUCUGAAAAUCAUUGAAAGAUCCUUGAGGUAUAUGCAUAUGCUGAUUAAGAGACGGAUGCAAUCUGUGAAUGUUGGUUCUAAAUUCCAACCGGUUCUGCGAUUGGAAGAUGGGGAAGUCGAAUGGCUGGGAUUGAAUGCCUAUGUUAAAGUAUUAAAGAGAAAACAAUCACGGCAUAAGGAGUUGCUGCUGAUGUUGAGGUCUAAGUUACUUGCUCACAGAAUCACAGAGAGUCCUUCAGAUGAACAGAAGUAUGCAAUUGAUGGGUCACAUUCCUCUUUGUUCUGGAAAAUCAAGUACUAGAUUCUUAGAAUUGAGUGACAUAAAAUUCUGAAAUUCCGGGGUUGAAACUGCAUUUGUGUUGGAUUUCUUCUGAGUAUAUGACUAUUGACUACUUGUCCUUUAAUCUACUUAGCAAUUUAUUUGAUAUUUUUUUCUUCUCAAAUUUGUCAAGCCAAUCCUAUCUUUGUGUGGGGAUAUGAACAAAUAUUAAUACUUGUGAAAACUGUUAUUUAGGAGCAGAGUUGA